AUGGCUCCCAGAUGGCUUUUUUGGCUCUCGUAUAUGACCACUUUCUCGGGUUUUCACAUCUGUGGGGCUGAUCUUGAUAAUGCAACCAAUACCCCAAGAUCUGCCACCAAGGCUCUGAACGAGCCUCUGAACUUGACCGAAGUCCUGGACGGCGUUGACUCAGAUAUACCCGCAUACUGCAACGGCAGUUCCUGGCCGUGCACCAUAGCGAUUGUCAAUCUGAACACUGUUCCAGCAGCUUUUCUCAAUGGCGGCGGGACAAGAGGACCUUAUCCGAGAUCUGAUGUGGCGACAUACUACGACGUUCAAGAUGCCCUUUCCGAGGUCUGGAGCGAUUGCGUUUAUGGAAUUGAGCGCCAAGUUGGUUGGGCAGCCACUGGUAAGCCAAUCCAUCUCUAUAAAAAGUCAUAA